GAGAGGUAUCAAUGAAACAUCUGUAGCCACGUCCACAUACUUGCUGUACUCUCUUUGCCUAUCGGAGGCCACCGUUUGAGUUUCCCAGCUAUGGGAGCACACUGUAGGGGAGCGAACCAAAGGAUCACAGCCUUGCGGUGCUGCGAAGUACUGCAUACGGCGUAAAUGGUUCAAAGGUAGCCUUGAAGCCAUGACCCCAGUGCGAUGUUACCAUUGUUAUACCUAUUACACAGAUCCUUUUGAGUACAACGAUGAGCUGGAACCUUGCGGCCAGAAGACGAAGCCGACAUCACACACUAUCGAAUCUUGUCCACUGGAAGAUUAGCAGCAAGACGACAAAUGCUUACGCUGAGACAUGCUGUGGGCCGAGGAGCGACACAGCUUCCCUCAAUGAUGGAAUCGAUCUCUUUGUACAACGAAUCUGCAAAGAGAUGAUAAAAUAUGAGGCAACAACCAGAGAGGUUUUGAAUUCACUUCUCGUCAAGCGCUCAGUGGAAGGCUACUUGAGUCUGCAGCUAGAGCUUUCUACUGCAAUAAUCACUUUCCUGAAGUCAAUGACACCUCAAACGACCACAGAUGACCUUGUGGACAAAGUAUUUCGCCAGUUCAAGAUAGACACCACGAGUGGUGAGCCCUAUAAGAAUAUCAUGAGACAUUUCGUGUUUGCCACAAUAGGUUGGUCUACCCUCUUAUAUACGGCAGAUAUGGGUCCAACUAGUAGCGAUUUUGCGAUUAGUGGAGACACAUUACGGACUAAACCCAGUAGAAAAGGGAGCUUGGAACAAUCUUCUCAAAGACCCGUGGGGGCUUUACUGAGAAGCUUUGGUGUGAUGCCAAUUACAUGCCCACCAGGAACAGAUCGGUCAGACGGCCAACCAACGCUGCUCGCAGUGACCCAUCUGAACUUCUUCUCCCUUUCUAAACUCGGCGAUGUAACUCUCUUAUGGACCGACGACCUAUCCAAGCAUUGUGAAUUCGAUCGGUACAGCCGAGAAAAGACUCUGAAGCUGUUUCGCUGGCCCUCUGUCUGUGCUAGAGUAUGCCUUUCAAAAGAUGAAGCGACUCUGAUUGACCUACUGUACAAAAGUCACUUAUGUCAGCACGGGUGUAGAAACGGCAACGGUAUGGUAGCCAAAGCAUACUUGAGCGAAGUUCUACUCAGCUAUCGCUUAUUGUUCGGCCAACAUUUUCCAUCACGGCAAUUGUACAGAAGAAAAGAGCGAAAGGGCGCAAAAUUCGAAGGCUCAAUCGAUCCUCUCCUAGAUACACUCUGCGGAGACAAAGACAUUAAUGACUUUGAUGGAACCAAAGCGCUCAUUCGGGAGCGAGGUGUCUAUAAUGCUCGAAUUAAUUUCCCACACCUCGGAGCCCGCCUGUUGGAACUAGAGAACUAUAGUAUAAAUCAGAGACCACGCAACCUAUCAGAAGUCUGGAACGAUGAGCGUGAUCCUGAGCGACUUCUUACUUUCAGGGCAGUACUAGUCGUUGGAGCUUUAUCCAUAUUACUGAGCUUUGUUCAGGUGUUAGUUGGCAUCGCACAGAUUGUGAUGUCAUCAAGAAGCAGAUAAAGAUCCUCGCGAAGCACGACGGGUCAACAAAUAUUCCAUUGUACGUCAAAGUAGCAAUUCAGAUCAAAUUACCGUAUAUACU